AUGGCGCAGGAACAGGGUGAUCUCGUCGGUCGCGACGAGCUGGUUGCCGAUGGAGAGGGCGACCGCAGCUCAAUCGAGGCGACGGAUGAUGCAGCUCUGCUGCGAACGAUGGGCUAUAAGCCGGUGCUUCAUCGGACGUAUACAUUCUUCGAGAACUUUGCGACGACUUUCGCGGCGCUCUACUUCGUUGGUGGAGUGCGUGUCACGUUCAGCACUGGUAUUGCCGCAGGUGGAAACUUGGCCUACUGGACUAGCUACCUGGUCACGAUGGUCUUUACGUUCAUCACUGCUGCUGUCAUUGCUGAAGUGUGCUCAGCGUCUCCGUCUGCUGGCUCAAUCUAUCUCUGGGCUGCUGAGGCUGGUGGUCCCCGUUUUGGACGACUGAUGGGUUUCGUUGUGGCUUGGUGGAGCACUACCGCUUGGACAACUUUCUGCGCAAGCAACACCCAGGCGGCCGUCAACUACAUGCUCGCUGAGCUCACUGUAUUCAAUGUCGACUUCCCGAAGGACGCUAGCAGUGUGAAGUUUCGUGCCGUCCAGUGGAUCUGCACCGAGGUUCUACUUGCCCUGGCAGCUCUGUUGAACUUCUUGCCUCCUCGUUACUUCAAAUACGUCUUCUGGAUCUCGGCCGGGUUCGUCAUGCUUGACUUCUUCUUGAACCUCAUCUGGCUCCCUAUCGGUACUGCCAAGACAUGGGGUUUCCGCUCUACCCAUGAAGCCUUUAUGACGACCUACAACGGUACCGGCGCGCCCGCUGGCUGGAAUUGGUGCCUUUCUUACUUGGCUACUGCCGGUAUUCUGAUCGGAUUCGAUGCAUCCGGUCAUGUUGCGGAAGAGACCAAGAACGCUUCUAUCACUGCUGCGCGCGGUAUUUUCUGGAGUACCGUCGCGAGUGGGAUUGGUGGUCUAGCUACCAUUAUUCUCUUCCUGUUUUGCGCUCCGACUGCCGACCAGCUUUUUGAGUUUGGAUCCCCUCAACCAUUCGUACCCCUCUAUGCGGUUGUCCUUGGUAAAGGCGGCCACAUCUUCAUGAACAUUAUCUGUAUUGUUGCACUGUGGCUGAACACCGCCAUCGCCAUCAUCGCCGCCUCUCGCCUCGUCUUCGCCGUCGCCCGAGACGGCGUUCUCCCAUUCUCUGGCUGGGUCUCCAAGGUGCACGGUGGCCAACCCCGGAAUGCAGUCAUCGUCGUGUGGGGUGUCGCAGCUCUGGUCACAUGCACUAUCCUGCCAUCUAAUGUGGCUUUCACGUCCCUCGUCUCGGCAGCCGGCGUUCCUAGCGCUGCCGCCUAUGGCCUUAUCUGCCUUGGUCGCCUUUUCUGCACGCCGAAGCGCUUCCCGAAGCCGCAGUGGAGCCUCGGACGCUGGAGCAAGCCGUUCCAGUUCAUUGGCGUACUCUGGAAUGGUUGGGUCGUGGCAGUCCUUUUCUCGCCGUACGUGUGGCCUGUGACUGGACAGACUUUGAAUUAUGCGCCCAUCAUUAUGGCCGGGGUUACCAUCUUCGCCCUGGUCUCAUACUUCGUCAUGCCGGAGAGCGCCUGGCUUCCACGGAACCGUAUCGCCCACUUUCUUGACAGCAAGGGCGCCUCUAACGUCUCUGAAACGGUGGAGGAGGUUGGCCCUUCCGCUCAAGAUGACAUGGUCCAGAGACAAUGA